AUGGUUAGCCCGCUGAAGGACGACAGGCGUGCCGGCGGGCCGGAGGAGGAUUUCAUCCGAGGACACCACAAGCAUGACGUCGGAGAAAACCAGUGCAGCUCCUCUUUUGUCAAACACAUCAAGGCCCCUUUGCCUCUCGUGUGGUCGUUGGUGAGGAUAUUUGAUCAGCCGCAGAGGUAUAAGCCGCUCAACUACUCCUCGAUCAUAACCGUCCAUCCCGAGAUCAUAGAUGGAAGGCCAGGGACACUGGUGAUCGAGUCCUUUGUGGUGGAUGUUCCGGAAGGUAACACCAAAGACGAGACGUGUUACUUUGUGGAAGCUCUCAUAAAAUGCAACCUCAAAUCUCUGGCUGAUGUCUCGGAGCAUCUAGCUAUGCAGGGCCAAACAGACCUAAUCGAAAGAUUCUAA